AUGAAUUGGUUAGUCAUGUUAGUGACCUGCAUUCAGUUCCAUAACUUGCCUGUUGUUGCUUAUCGCCAAGUUAUCACCUUCUCUGCAAUUCCUUGCGAUGCAGUGGGAGCAGUGAAAGCUGCUGACCUUGCGGUUUAUUUCAUCAAUAAUGUCCGAAGAAAGGGAUUCAAAUACAGACUGAAUAGAUUGAAGAAUGCCCAGGAAAAGCAGGAACAAUAUGAGAAAAGCUAUUAUUUGGAGUUUGAGGUUUUUGAAACCAGAUGUCCCGUCAGAAGUUCCAAGCCAUUAAAAAGGUGUGGAAUUCGACCAUUUCGCUCAAUGAAAUCAUUUGGUGAAUGUAAAAUCAUCAUUCGCAUCUCAAAAGGUCUCCAGAAUGUGAAGGAUUUUCAGUGUUCUGAAUAUUCAGGUAAUUUACCUGCAAUAUAUAUGCAUUUGGGUUUCUGCACAGCAUCUUUUGAUUCGGAGAGCCCUGAUGAUGAUGCGGUUGAUGUGAACUGUGACAUUUAUGCAACAAAGGGAGUCACAGUCCGAGGAUUAAGUGGGCAAGUGGAGCCUCAUGAGGACAAUUAUCCAGAUGGAGAACAGAUAUUUAAACCCAAGCUCAAGAGAUCCAUUUCCAAAUCCAAAUGGCAGAAGAUGAAACGGCCAGGGAGGAAAGACUCAUCUUCAUCAGAGUCAUCAGAGGAACAACAAAUGCGGAGGCAUCAUGGCCCUUUCAGACAUCCCACCAUUCAUUAUCACAUUUUCCCAAAUCUCCCUCCACAUCCAUACACCUGUCCAGGUCAACCCAGGUAUGUCCUGAGAACUCAGUAACCAAAUAGGGAAGAGACAAAGACAUAAACAGAAAGCAAGAAAGGAAAGGGAAAACUUUGUUCUUCAGUGUAUGGGACGUGAUGGGGUAGAAGUACUGAUUGUAAGUUUAAACACAAGUUGAUCAUGAUUUUCCAUCUAAAUAUGGAAUCUGUUUGAACUUAUCUCCUUCAACUACUAACAAGCUGAUAGAAAAUACUAAAAAAAAGACAGUGUUCAUGGUGGAUUCUUUCAAUUGGAAAUGUGUGAAGAAUUGCCCUGAAUUUCUGUUUUUAACUUCUCCAUAAUCAUGAAUUUCAAGAUGAAAAUUAAUCUGAGAU